ACACUUUCCUCCAAAACUCGCAAUGGCUGCCGUCACCGAACUUCCAAAGAUGAACCAAGAGCUCGCUGGAGCUGUCCGAGAGGGAUUGGAGCUCAAAAAAGUUGAAACCACCGAGAAGAAUGUUUUGCCGACCAAGGAAGAUGUCGCCGAGGAGAAGCAACAUGUCGAGCGCAUUCACGAGAUUGAACAUUUCGACUCUACCAAGCUCCACUCUACCCCAGUGAAGGAGAAGAUUGUGCUUCCAUCGGCUGACGAUAUCAAGCAGGAGAAGCAACACUUGGAGCUCACCGACAAGAUCAACAACUUUCCAUCUGAGAACUUGAAAAAAACAGAGACCAUUGAGAAGAACGUCCUUCCUUCUCCAACCGAUGUUGCUCGCGAGAAGACUCUUCAAAUGGCUGCUUCUUUUGACAAGAGUGCUCUUCACCACGUCGAAACCAUUGUCUCCACCGAUGUCCGCGUCACUGAAGCUCAAUAAUUUAUGAAAAAGAGUCCCUCCUUCUUCAACCUCAAUUCGGUACGCCUUCAUAUUAUCGUUAGUGAAAAAUCCGGACUCUCACAUUUAAAUGCGUUUUCUUUGUUUUCUGGUUCGAGUUUUAUCGAUUUUAACAUUUUACCCUGACAAACAUGUAUUUUCAUCAAUUCUUACGUUUCAUUACAUAAUAUUUGAUGUAUCGAUUUUUUACCAUUCCAUAUUUAUUCCCCACUUGAAAAUGAACAUAUUUUAUUAC